CCAGUCUCACACACUGACACACUCUCUCUAUCUCUUCCGCGUCACUCUCUUCUUCCUCGCAGAAAACCCUAAUCCUCAAGCAGGUUAGUGCAUUGGAUCUCACCAAUGGUGCGGAAUGUAUCUGAUCAUUCAGUAUCUCCAGUCAGGGGACGUGGAUCUCCUCGUAGGAGGAGCCCUUCUCGAAGAGAGAGAUCUCCUGCUGGGCAUAGGAGUUCACUCAAAACAAGCUCACCUGUUAGAGAGAAACCUUCAAGUCGCACCAGGUCCCCUAAACGCACACGAUCAAGAUCUCCUGUAUCUCUACCUGUAAGAGAGAAACCUUCAAGUCGUACCAAGUCACCUAAACGCACAAAGGCGAGGUCUCCUGUUUCUCCCUUGCCCAUGAGAGAGAAACCCUCAAGUCGCACCAGGUCCCCAACACUUGCAAAGUCGAGGUCUCCUGUAUCUCGCUCACCCUCACCACAGACUAAAAGAUUAAGGAGAACUCAAGCUGAAAGAGAGGCUGAGAGAGUGAGUGAAAGGGAGAAUGAAAGAAAUCAUGGUAGGGGAGGUGAUAGGGGUAUACGUAGGGAAAGAGAUCCAGACAAGGCAGUGCCUAGUGAGAGAAGGGAGCGAAGGUCAGGAAGGGAUGCAGUUGAUAAUGGGUCUUCUAGAAUGAGACAUGGGCACUCAACUUCACCAUCAGACCGUCACCAAAGGAGUAGACACAGAUCUCGGUCCCCUGCUGCUGCUGCUGAUAACAGGAUGCGUGAUGAGGUGACUAACUCAAGGGGAGUGGAACAUCGGGAUGACGAAGAUGAUUCUGUAUCUAAAAUGAAGGCUGCUGAAGGCGCCCUAGAAGCCAAGGAAAAGCAAAAGCCUUCGUUUGAGCUGUCUGGAAAGCUUGCUGCGGAAACCAACAGAGUAAGAGGUGUGACACUGCUGUUCAAUGAGCCACCAGAUGCUCGGAAACCUGAUGUAAGAUGGCGAUUGUAUGUUUUCAAGGGUGGUGAAGUGCUUAACGAGCCUCUAUAUGUACAUCGUCAAAGCUGUUACCUCUUUGGGAGAGAAAGGAGGGUGGCAGACAUCCCUACGGACCACCCAUCUUGCAGCAAACAACAUGCUGUCCUUCAAUACCGGCAAGUAGAGAAGGAGCAACCUGACGGCAUGUUGUCGAAGCAAGUAAGGCCUUACGUAAUGGAUCUUGGAAGCACAAAUGGAACUUUUAUUAAUGAUAAUCGGGUUGAACCUCAGCGUUAUUAUGAACUUCUUGAAAAAGACACCAUCAAAUUUGGUAAUAGUAGCCGGGAGUAUGUACUACUGCACGAGAAUUCAGCUGGAUGAUGCUUAUAUUUAAUGGCUGCUUGAGCAUGAUCCUCUACCUUGUUAGCAUGGAAGAGAUGCACAUGUCAUUUGGAGAAAUUGACAUUUGUUGGAGUAUUAUGCAAGGUACGGUGUCUAAGCAUGGAACAUGUUCCAGGUGUCCAUUUUGCAAUUAUUUGGAGCUAUAAGUGUUCACUUAGUUCCAUCUGAAUAGAGAGAAAUGUUGGUUUUUCUGCAGUUUGCGUUGCUUUUGUACCCUAUGAAUUUAUAGCAUGGUCAGUCCUGUGUAAAUUAAUUACUAGUAACUGGGUUUUUAUAUUAUAAAGAGCAGGAUUCUAAUGAUUCUCUUGUCAAAGUUGUCAACUCAACUGGUUUACCAUGCAAUUUUAUCGUAACACGAAGCGACCCAG